AUGUAUUUUGGACCGACGAUUACAAACGAUUCUUGGGCAGGAGGAAACUCUGUCUUGGAAGGCUUAGUUAUAACAUACUUGUCAUUUAGAAUUGCAGUAUGUGUUUUUAUUUCUGUUUUGGCAGCCACUCAAUUAUACUUUGAAAUCAAAUAUCAAACCAAAAGAACAAUGCUCAAUGCUAGACUUUUAACUUUUGUUGGUGUCAUUUUAUAUCCACUUUUUAGAGUAUUUUAUACUGCAUUUUAUUGGAAAGAAAGAAAUGAAGAUGUAGGAACAGUAUGUGAUUUUACAUCUUUAUUUUCUAUUUUCUUUCAAAUGUGGUCUUGGACUUGGGUAGGAGCUUAUUGGUGUAGAUUAUUAUUAGCAUUAUUUUCAGUCAAUAUAUCAUAUAAUCAAAAAGUAUUUAAAUUGUCUUGGUCAAUUAUUGGAGUGUUUUUUACAUUUAUUGUAAUGUACAUUGUAUUUUCAUUGGCAGUGCCAUCGAUUGCAUCAAUGUUCUUUACAGGUGGAUUCCUCGUAUUGUUGGUUGGAUUUGGUUCGGUUUGUGUAGGGUUUGGAUUCUUUUUAUACCGACAGAUCUACCAUCACAAGGGUGACCUCUUGACAGACAGAGUCAAAGCAAUCAUCAAACGUAUUCGAAAUUUGGCCAUUGUCAUGACCUGUUCCAUCAUUGUCACGGUGGUUAGAGAUUUAUUCUAUUAUGUGGUUUUCAAGGUACCACUUGAUUCAUCUUUAAAACAUGCAUCUAAUGUCAUUACAAUGACUGUUGAAUUUGUUUUGGCAGCCUGUAUUAUUAUAUCAGUUUCAGAAGAACCGAUGAAUUAUUUGAAAUUCAAAUGUGUUAAUCCUAGUUUGGUGCCAAGAUUCCCAACUGAUGAGACAAAGGAUCAUUCAUUUAAUUCGGCAACAAGCAGUCUUUCACAAAAGUCAACGUCCUUGUCUAUUGGAUCGUCACGUACUACAUCAUCAUCAGUUUCGUCUUCAUCAUCAAGUGGACCCAUUUUACAGAGUCCCAAGGCUAGAUCUUCAACCCACGCACAUAAACAUAAAAGUAUUCAACUUUCAACAUUAAAUAUUAGUAGUAGUAUUCAACAUCAAUCCAACAAUAAUAAUACAAUUAAUAAUAAUACAAUUAAUAAUAAUAAUGUAAAUCAUACAGCUGAUCAGGGUACUAGUAUAAUAACUAUUCAAAAUGAUGAUUCAACAAGUAUUUCCAAUUUAGACGAUCGUUUGGAAAGUAGCGAUAAUCAGAAUAGUAAUAAUAAUGAUGAAACUGUUUAG